AUGAGUGAAAGAAUAUAUGAAAUAUUCCCUGAGAAAAAGAGAAGACAAAGAGGUGUUCAAAAACAUUGGGUUGAAGAAGGGAGUAUUGGAUUAUCAAUGAUUAAAGGAUUAGGAUUUGAAGGAGACCUUAAACCAACAAAUGGAAUAGAUAUAGAAUUUGAAGAAAACCGAUGUGGAAUUGGAUUAGUUAAACCUGAACCAAAGAAAUUAGAAUUUAAUGGGUUACAAGCAGUAUUAAAUAAAGUAAAAACAGUAUCUCCUGGUAUUAUUGCUGAACUUAAAAAAGAUCAAGAGUCAAAUUCAUCAUCACAUCCUUCUGAUGACUCUUCGUCUCAAGAAAAGAAAAAACAUCAUAAACACCAUGAAAAAAAGAAUAAAGAGCACAAAGAAACUAAACCUAAAGUUAAUGAUGAGGAUCAACCAAAAGUGUUUAUGCCAAGAAGAUUUACAACAAAAAGACAGAAAGAAAAAAUUAUUAUUAGAUCUAAAGAGGAUUUAGCUGGUGUUUUAUAA